UAACACUGCAGGAAGGAUGCACCAGUCAGAACUGUUUCCAAAAUCUACUUGAGCAGAUUGAGAACAUUACAUCAUCUCAAGUGCUCUCUGUGAAUACUGUGACGAACAUUUUGACUAUGGCCUUCAACGCUUCAGAGAAGAUUUUAGACUCGUCGUCAUCAUCAGUCAGCCCAACUGAACUCGCCUCCUAUGGAAACCGUGUGUUAAAAACCAGUGAGAAACUCAUCUCUACGUUGGUGAAGCCGACAGACACAAGUGACAAUGUCAGUUUUGCUCUUGCUGCUGUUGAGGGACAAGUCUUCAUGGUUGGACCGAAUGUCGCCUUAAAUAAAAUCCCUCGACUUGACAUGACAAAUUCUUCUGUGGACAUUGAUCUAAUUGGGAUCGCCAAGAACAACGAUAAGGGUAUGUGAAAUGUCUCUGUAGUAUUAAAAAUUCUUAGAAAGAAAUGUCAUACCAUUGUCACUAAUCCACAUUUGCUUUUUUUUUUUUUUUUGCUUUCUUUAUUGUUGUUUUAGCAUGGUACUGCAUGUAAACUUCUGUUUCUGUCACACAGGAUCAGCUGCUGUGGCUUUCAUGGGCUACAACACAAUGGAGAAUCUACUGAAGCCCGACCUCUUCAACACAUCAAAUGAUACGGUUAAAACCAUGAUGUCCACUGUGAUCUCAGCUACUCUUCCCAAAACAAACAACCCUAAACUUACCAAACCAGUCAACUUCACCCUCAAACACAUCAGAGUGAGAGACUGAAAUGUGUUUUUGACCAAUCUGAGCACUGAUGAACAUCUGAAAACAUCUAAUAUUCAGUCUUAUAAUAUUUCCUGCAUGUUCUUUCUUCAUUUUGCAGGAGUUCGACCCCAACGGUUCACUGUCUUGUGUGUACUGGAAUAUCAGCGAGUGGAUUGUAGAUGGUUGUUCUGUUUUAGAGACCAACAGCAGCUACACUGUGUGUUCCUGUGUUCAUCUGUCGACAUUCGCUCUCAUCAUGCAAACCAGCAGACCACCAGAGAGCGACUCACUGCUGGAUCUGUUGAAUUUGGUGUGUGUGAUCGUGGGUCUGGUGUUCUUCAGUUUGGCCCUGUUGACCUUUGCCCUUUGUCAGUGGAGUCCUGGAGUGAAUAAUGUGGCUCGAAUCAACAUCUGCAUCAGUCUACUGCUGGCCCACCUUCUGUUCCUGCUCACACAACAGUUCCUGAGCCUCAUACGCCCUCAGCAGGUGUUGUGUGCCGCGAUAUCAGGUGUGCUGCACUUCCUCUUUCUCUCCGGCUUUGUGUGGAUGUUCAUUGAAGCUGUGCUGCUCUUCAUCUGUGUGAAGAACCUAUCACAGAUCAGCUCCAAAAAGAGGGAGGUGCUUAGCACUGGAUUCCUGUGUGUGAUUGGAUAUACGGUUGCUCUGGUUGUGGUGGUCGUGUCUGUCGGGCUGCUUCCUGAAGGCUACGGCAGCGAACACUGCUGGAUUAAAAUGGAUAAAGGUUUUAUCUGGAGUUUUCUGGGUCCUGUUUGUGUCAUACUCGCAUUAAACAUGAUUCUCUUCAUCAACAUCAUCAUCAAACUGAACUCAACUCUCAAAAAUCUGAACGCUGAAGUUUCACAGAUGAAACAAACCAAGACUAUGGUAUUUAAAACACUGGCUCAGUUUGUGGUUCUUGGUUGCUCCUGGAUUCUGGGUUUCUUCACUAAUGGCAGUAAAGAGCUGGAGAUCCUCUUCCUGAUCUUGAACUCCCAGCAGGGAACCUUCAUCUUCCUGGUCUAUUGUGUCCUCAAUAAUGAGGUCAGGCAGCAGUACAGGAAGUGCUUCAGUCUUUGCUGUGGACGCAAACAACACUGAGGACAAUAGCAUCAUCUUCAGGAAAUAAAAAGUACUGCUCAAGUGCCAUUAAUAUACAUGAGCCUGUUUCAUGGUUAAGGACUUUUAUGUUGAAGUUUUUCUGUUCAAUUGUUUUUGUGUUCACUUCCUGUGUUUAGUUCCUUGUUGCCCUUGUUCCUUACUCCAUUGUCUGUUUCCAUAGCUACCCUCGUUUGUUACCAUGGCCACUCGUUGCCUACACCUGUCCCUCAUUAGCCCCAUGGUUUCCUUGUGUAUUCAGGCUACGUUCACACUGUCAGUCCAAAUCCGAUUGUUUGUGAAUCCGACUGGAAUCUGAUCUAAAAUUACUGACAUCCACACUGUGUAUCCCAACUGUUCAGGUCCGAUUUGUGUGUCCAUGCCACUCUUUCGUUUUCCUGAAUAUCUGCAUUGGUUUCUAUGGCAAUGUGUUGCGUUGGUAGGCAUACACCAAAAACAACAACAACAAUCGCAACAUGGAGGGGUUUGCGAUACAGAUGUUGUCUUAUUUACAUGACAAUGUGUAUCCGCCGCGCUGGACUACUGCGUCUUCUGAGGCAGCGGCAAAACUGUAGGAGGCUGGAACAAGCGGCUUUAUUCUGUGCUGCUGUCACCGCCGAUCUCAAAACUUGUUUCCGUUAUAUUGCCAUUUUCUGCUUAUCUGGCACUAUAACAACUUCCUAUAACAACGUCUGACAUUGCCUUUUAUGUCAAGUUUACACUACAGGAUUUUAAGCCCGAUUUGCAAGUUAACAAGCUCGCCGACAGGUCGGGCUGUGAUCGGGGGAAAAUCGGCGAGUGAUCGGCGCUCUCCAAUCUUUGUGUGAACUACUCAACGACGCAUCAAAGACACUCGGUGACGCGUUGCUGACACUUCACUGAUGCCAGACAAAUAUCUAGCAUGCUAAAUAUCUAGAGCUGUCGGCCGACUCGAUAUCCUGUGGUGUCACGUGUUGCGGCGCAACAGCCAAUGAAAUAUACACUGAUGUCUAUGGAAGCAGCAAUAACAAUCCAUUCAAAUAGCCGAUAAUUUGCCGACGUUUAUUCAUAUCAGAUACACAUUGUGUAAGUAACUAUAAAGCUCACUCUAUUCUUCUCCCAGUUCACCGGCCACAUGUAUUUCGGCACAAAUGGAUGAAUUCAUGUGCUGUAGCCUAUAAAUCCGACUGACAGGACUCUCUGAAGUAAAGCGCAAACAAACAAGGCGGCGCCCAUCUCACGUUAUAUAUUAAGAUCAAGAUCAUGAUGUAGGAUUUUAAAGGACAAAACACUCACUUGCAAAUAAAUAAGAAUCGGAAUAUCAGAUAGUUGAAUACAUGGUGAGAAAAGCAUACAUCUGUCGUACAGUGUGGCUGCGGUGUCACGUGACAAUCAUGAUGCGUCGUCAUGGAAACAAUUCUAAUGGUGGCCUUAACUCUGGGAGGUCAGCCAAAAUAUUUUAAACUUGUGUGUGUGAAAGGGUUCAUUUAAUUUUAAUUAAAUUUAAUUCAAAAUUUAAUCUAUUUUCUUCCCAACGUCCAUUUUCAAAUAAAGUUGUGUGACAGUUGUCGUCAGCUCGUGUAGUGUGUAACUGCCUGCUACAGAUCAUUUACGUAGUGUCACGUAGUGUGAACACCACAACGACUUCAAGACUCCGCAGCAAGUCAUGUAGUCUGAACAGCACAGCGAUCUGCCGACAUUUAAGUCCUGUACUGUAAACUUGGCAUUACGUGGCGUGAGAAAGUCACUUAAACCACACGAAAUCCGAUCAGAGCAGCCAGACUCACUGAAAUGGAUUUCUAGAAAUGUAAUUUGAAUAGGAUUUCAAACCACAUAUGAAUGUAGCUCGAAACGGAUUUUUAAAAAUCGCAUUUAAUGUUUGAAAAAAUUCGGAUUUGGACUGACAGUCUGAAUGUAGCCUUAUACCUGUGUUUUAGUUGCCUUGUGUCUGUCGUUGUUUUAGCAUGUUUCAUGAAGCUGUUACGUUCUUGUUUCUUGCAUUUUGUUCCUGUUCCUGGUUUGGAUUUUUGAUGUGGAAUAUCUUUGCUUGUGUUUUUGGAAUCAAUGUUGCUCCAUCCCAAUUCUUGCUCCUUCUUUUCCCUGCUGCUUCAUAACAGAUGUUAUAUUUAAAUACACAACAGAAUCAAUGUUUUGGGUGUUAAAUGUAGUCUCCGCCCAUUUCUUUAAAUGGUAAAAAAAAUAUUACCUUUUGCUAAAUGCUAUUGAUGUAGAACUUAUAAACUGUAUUAUUUAAUCUUUUUUUUGAAACCCACAAGAUUUUUUUUUGGUGGAGGGUGAAAAGCAUAUUUUGACUGAGUUCACUGUUGAGCUCAGAUAGCUCCUAGAAAGGAAAUACUUUCUUCUGUAAGGAUCCUUUUUAUGUUUAAAUAUUCAUGUGGUAAAAUAUGUUUUCAGAAGGGAAGGUCACGGGUUUUAUAGGUGUAGGGGAUUAACCUUUAUAACUAAACUAUUAAAAUAAGUAUAUGAACAGCUGAUAUCUUGAAAUUGUUUGUAUUUUUGUAUUAAAACAUGUGAAUGAUGGUUUUUUUUUUUUUUUUUUUUUUUUUUGCUUUCGUUCAGAUUUUAUUUUAAUACAUAUUUUGUUACCAAGUUUUCUCUUAAUAAACAGUGUGAUGUAAUAAGUGGGUUUGUGAACAUGUUUUUUCCACGAAAGACAAAAAAAUCUCCAUAUAAUAGACUAAUUUGAGAAGAAUAUCCUAGUUUGAAAAAUGAAAAUUUAAAUCAAGCCAUUUUCUGCAACAUAUCUGUAUUUAAAAUGUAACAUACAAAAGUCUUAACUGUAGAUAUAUAUGUGAAAUAAUCAGAGGAUCUGAUCACAAGGUCUAUGCACAUUUUCUGAUUACAACACAAGUUAAUAAUCAGAGUUUGAGGGAUGGAUGAGACUUGAAAUGUCCAUCUUAUUGAGGAUGUUAAGAAGGGAACGUUGGGUUUGUCCAUGAUGGGUCGAGCUGAGAAAAAAACCUAAUGAUUAAUUACCAGCAGCUGCCAAUGUGGGUUAAAACUGAAAAAGAAAGAAAGGAAAAAAACCUACACAUAUGGCAUUGUGUGGAAAGUCUGACAAUGCACUACAGUAUAUAUUUGUUAUUUGAAUUUGAGAAGGAAACAGUGGACUUGUGGUCAUAUUUCCUUAUCAGAAUGAUGAACAGAUAACUAAUCUAAGCAUCUCACCAAACACAAAUAUCUUGUUCAGUCAGUCGUGUCGGGUGAGUAUCACUGUACAUCAGUGUUAAUUUUGGCAGCCAUUUUUGAUUUAGUCUUAGUCUUUAUCUUCAGAUGAAAAUGCUCUUUAGUCUUAGUCACAUUUUAGUCAUUUUUGUCUUUCAUAUUUUAGUCUAGUUUUAGUCAAUGAAAAGUCAUUGCAUUUUUGUCAAGUUUUAGUCAUUACUUUUAGUCAAACUACAGUUACCAACAUUAAUU